CUCCUCCCCUCCAAUGCUGUCCCCACCUGCAGAGUGCAGCCUGUUGCACCUUCAUCAGAUAAAACAGGCCAGUCUCUCUUCCAAAGACCUCAGUUCCUUUGAUUUUUCUGAACGGUGCCUGGAGCAAAAUCCCGGUGUGCUAAAAAAAAGAGAGAAAAGUCUGGCAAUGGGUUCUUCCCACUACCAGCACUUAUUAGCCUAUGGCUUUCCAGCAGGCUGUUCGCCAGCUUUCCUAGGUCAGUGGGUUACACCCUCUCCUUCCAGCUGCUGAUUUAAGGGAAGGAAUCCCUGCCAAAUUUCUCAUCCUGAUAUUCUGGUGGGGCUUGUUUGUUUCCUUUCGUCUUUUUCUCUUCCUCCGUUCUUUAAAAGGGAGAUGAAAUGCGCACGUUGUGCCUUCAUGACUUCAGUUUAGAGGAUCUGUGUGUCCUGGGAGCAGCCACUUCUGAGGAUGAAGAGGAGUCCCAAACGCUUUCUGAGCAUGUGCAAAGGGCAUCGCCUCUGCUGAAGGACUUUCUCUGUUACCAGCUCCUUGGAAAGAACUUGGAAAUGUUCCUCUCUGCCUUGAUGCAACGGUUUGGAGAGAUCGGUGCAGCUUCUCGUGGGGAAGAAAAGUGUGAGCUACGAGGCAGAAGCGGUGGAAAAUUCAACUAAUCCCAAAGGGACACCUUGAUUUCUUGGCACCAGACAACACACGUCCACUUCAGCAGUCCUCGUAAGAAAUGCUGGUUUCAUUCAAACGCAGUUGGCCAACUCUCAGCAGCUGUUGAUAUAGCCCAGAAUCAGUUCCUCUGAAGGGUGGACCCAGGAGACUGGCAUUUUCCUCAGUGUAGGUCAUGGAUCUACCUGAUAAUUUUACGGACUACUACGAUGAAGCAAGCCGCUACUACAAUGACGACUACUACGUCACCACUGAUGAAAGCCACCGGACAAAGGAAUCAGCCCAAGACUUUACAUUCAUCACUCGAAUCCUUGCUCUCCUAAUCUUCACGGUCACUUGCAUCCUGGGCCUCCUGGGCAACGGCGUGGUCAUUUCCGUCAUCACGCUCAAGAUGAAGAAGUCUGUCAACGCCAUCUGGUUCCUGAAUUUGGCGGUGGCCGACUUCCUCUUCAAUGUCUUCCUGCCCUUGAACAUUGCCUACACCGCCAUGAGCUACCACUGGGUCUUUGGCAAAGGAAUGUGUAAGGUCAACACCUUCCUUCUUAUUCUCAAUAUGUACACCAGUGUGUUCUUGUUGACCAUGAUCAGCAUCGAUCGUUGCAUCUCGGUGGCUUUUCCAGUCUGGUCUCAAAACCACCGGAAUCCUAAGAUUGCUUGGUUCCUGUGUGCCCUCAUCUGGGUUCUUGGCUUUCUGUUGAGUUCUCCCGCCCUUGCUUUUCGGGACACAGCAGCAUAUCAAGAUCGUAUCAUUUGUUUUAACAACUACUCUUUGUCCAGCCUUCCAGCUCACCACCAUCUAGAUGAAAAGAGGCACAAGACAGUCACCAUUCUGCGAUUCCUGGCUGGUUUCAUAGUACCAAUGACUGUCAUCACAGUGUGUUACAUUAUCAUUAUUGUCCGUCUGAAAAGAAACCGCCUCGCCAAGUCCAAAAAGCCUUUGAGAAUCAUCAUUGCCAUUAUAAUGACUUUCUUCUUCUGUUGGUGCCCAUACCAUGUGCUCAACCUCAUGGAAACCCAACACCACUUUCUCAGCAAAGCCGUCCUUGAGAAUGGAAUACCAAUUGUCACGGCCAUUGCUGUUUCCAACAGUUGCAUGAACCCUGUUCUUUAUGUCUUCAUGGGCCAAGACUUCAAAAAGUUUAAGGUGACUGUCCUCUCCAGGCUGGCCAAUGCGCUGAGUGAGGACACUGUCCAUUCAACUAUUGCCCGCAGGAGCUUCACAAAACCCUCUUCAAUGACUGAAAAGGAGACAAUUCUAGUCUGAGCUGUAGAAUAUACGCAUCUGUUGGUCUGCUCACAGAGGCAAGGAGGAGGUCGGAUAUUGCAGAGUGGGUUUUCCAACUACAAUCUGAUAUUCCCAGGGCUUCUAAAUUUUCAAUGGUUCCAAAAAAGGAGUUUUGCAUCCUAUCAAUACAAUCCUGUCAUUCAUCCUCAUGGGAUAAAUCGCAAAGGCCAUCCCAUAAACAUUUGCCCAUAGUCACCCAUGCAAGCUUCAAGGCCAAGUCUUCAAAAUUAAACUUCACUGCAUCAAACCAUCCUUCAAUAAUGAAAAUACAGGAACUAUGGAAUAAACUCUGUUGUUUAUGCUCCCUUGCUCUAAGCAUUUGAAAGUGUAGGGCAGAUUUUUAAUAGGCUGGAGCAGAGAGAACACUGUAGGCUUUGUUUUUAAAAUAGCAAUAAACUGAUUGCAACUAUGCAUGUUGAAAAUGGCACAGAAGCAGGCAGGCAGUGCUGCUUCCAAAGCAGUAUUCAUAUCCUCAAAUUCAUUUAUUAUUUCAUUUAUUUAGACCACUUGUACCCUGCUCUUCAGCCAAAAAGGCUUGCAGAGUGUCUUAUAGGCAAUCAGUCAAAACAAGCCAAUUCCUGCCCACAGGUUUACAAUCUAGAAAACAACAGCAACAACACGACACACAAGGGGUAAGGGCAGGGGAGGGAAGAGGAAACAAUCAAACUCAGGCACCUAUUCUUUAAACAGUGGUUCCUACAAUGACCAGUUGAGUGCAGUUCAGGGGCAGGAGAUGCCUGACAGAGGCGGGCCUCCAGGGAAGCCAAUGAAAUGAGUCCUGCUUCCUGUCUCUUCUGCUGAAGCCGUCUGAUGGAAUGGCUGCCCAUUCAUGCCCCGACUGACCUCUUAGCAACUCCACCAAACCAUGUACAACUGGUGUAGCCAAAAUGACAAAAAAGCACUCAUUAUUCUGAAUAUCUGCAAUGUAGUUCAGCUCACAGUGCAUUCGCCCCCAUUGUUGACCCCCAAUGACAAAGCCAAAUUCUCACAGGAGGGCCAUUUUUCAUAUCAAAAUGGGAACAAAAUAGGAUCUGCAGCUGGGCAUGCUGCUGUUCGGAAAGCCAGCCAGCCAUGCUCUUUUCACGGAGAUACUAUUCCAUUCCCCCUCCCCCUGGUGAAGAAGAGGAAGAGUUUGGACUUGAUACCCCGCCUUUCACUCCCCUUAAGGAGUUUCAAAGCGGCUAUCAAUCUCCUUUUCCCUUCCUCCCCCACAACACACACUCUGUGAGGUGAGUGAGGCAGAGAGACUUCAGAGAAGUGUGACUAGCCCA